AUGACUAGAAGUCUGACAUCUCUGUCUCUCGUCGUUCUCGUCAGCCUCGUCAUCGCUAGAUCUCACUGAUGCGUCUGCUCUCUUUCUUCUCUAUCUCUUCUUUCACGUAUCCGUCCGACGUACGGACGGACGGACGGACGGACUGACGGACGGACGGACGUACGGACCUACUCACUCACUCACUCACUCACUCACUCACUCACUCACUCACUCAUCACUCACUCACUCACUCACUCACUCACUCACUCACUCACUCACUCACUCACUCACUCACUCACUCACUCACUCACCUGCACCCUGCUACAGUAGCAUUGAUGCUUCACAUUAUAUGUGAGGGGUCUUACUUUGGAUGGUAGUACUCUAUAAGUAGUCAUCAGAAUGUGUAUAUAAUGACUAAUAUUUAUAGUAGUAACUUAGUAGCCUAUUUUCUCCCCACCCUGUGCAGGUCAGAAGAUCAGCCCAGACGGCAAGGCCAAGAUUCAGCUGCAGUUGGUCCUCCACACGGGGGAGAGCACCAACUUCCACUUCUCCAACGAGAGCACUGCCCUGAAGGACCGCGAUGCAGCCAAGGAUCUCCUCCAGCAGCUGCUGCCCAAGUUCAAGAAGAGGGCCAACAGGGAACUGGAGGAGAAGAACAGGUGAUCCCCUAACUUUCACUGCAGUGUAUCAAUAACAUAGACAGGGGGGACUAUUCACUAGGAAGCAAACAGAACAAAACUGGGAGUGACCUACCUGAAUGUGUACAAUAGAAAUUGUUUUAUUUGCAAAAUAUUUUCUGUUGUAAAAUGUUUUGCAGCAGUGUGCGACUAUUGAAUACACCCCAGAUCUCCAUCGUUUUAAUCUCAGAAUGAUACCAGAGCUGUACCACUUACCCGAAACUAGAUAGCAAAACUAGAUUAUCUGACUAAAAUAGAAUAAUAUUUACUGUAUGUUUCUGAAAUAACAUUUUUUUUUUGGAAAGAUAAGCUUGAAAUGGGUAUGGUCUAAUUGACAACCAAAAACAUAAACAAAGUUCAGGUUUCCUAAUGAAACCAGAAUAUCAAUAGUUAAUUCUGGUUGUUCAUCAAAGUAAGCUAACAUUUACAUUUACAUCAUUUAGCUGACGCUCUUAUCCAGAGCGACUACAGUUAGUGCAUACAUUAUUAUUUUCAUACUGGCCCCCCCGUGGGAAACGAACCCACAACCCUGGCGUUGCAAACGCCAUGCUCUACCAACUGAGCUACCUCCCUGCCUGCCAUUCCCUCCCCUACCCUGGACGACGCUGGGCCAAUUGUGCGCCGCCCCAUUGGUCUCAACUUCCUGCUAGUAUGCCAGAGGGAGGAUGUGACCGUUGGGUUUAUCCCUCCCUCUCUAGAAUGUUACAGGAAGAGCCGGUUCUGUUCCAGCUUUACAAGGAUCUGGUGGUGAGUCAGGUGAUCAGCGCUGAGGAGUUCUGGGCCAAUCGGAUGAGCGUGAACAGCGUGGACCACUCCCUCUCCAACGACAAACAGGAAGUGGGCAUCUCUGCAGCCUUCCUGGUGAGCUCAGCGAUAAUAAUGACUGUGUUCCAAAUAGUAUCCUAUUCCCCGUGGUCUCUGGUCAAAAGUAGUGAAUGUGAAGGGAAUGGAGUGCCAAUUGGAGAUGUAAUGAUUCACAGAUACUCAUCGGUCCCCGAUUCAAAUGUUUAAGAUACAAGUGCAGCGGUCCGCGGAGCCCAAACCGAUCAAAAUGUAGCAUCAUCAGUCAGAAAAUCUUUCAAAAUGUACGAAUCGCCGGUUCAAUAAAAAUGUUUUGCUCGUAUUAACAUUCUUUCUACCUUCCCGAAAAUACCUCCUUUUUUCGUGAUAACUGAUGCGUCCUCUACCUUCAGUGUCCAACGGCAUGUUACCGUGUUGACAGUUAUUGAUCUACAAGUCAUGUUGCAUACCGAACAACCCCAGGGACUAUCAGUAGCUUAGUCAAACUGCGCUCAGCUUCGCACGCUGACCAACGCGAGGUAGGGCGGCCCUGUUCCUGAUCUGGUACCUUGACCAUUCAAAUGCUAAAAUGUCUUGGCUUUGUUAGUGCAGUGACAACCUGUCAUCUGCUAUAUUACUGUUAUCUAUGCACUGUUGAACAUUUAUGUUUUACCAGAAUAAAAGUAAGCUACCGGAGACACAACUCUCAUCUGGCUAUACCUGCUGAACCGGGGAUUAUUACAAUAGAUUUUAUUUUGAGUGUUCAGUUUCACCAUCAGCAAUAGUUUUUGGUAGUUUAGCUUUGAACAGUCAGUGUAUAUGGCCGAUUUUUAAAUAUACAGGGUUAAGUUGAUCAUUUCAUAACGAGGAUAGCAGUCACUUACUGCAUGGCUGACGCCAGAGGAGAAGAAGAGAAGAGAAAAUCACUCAACUUCCAAACGGUCAAAACCAUUCAGUUUUUAAGAUGGGGGUGAAAUCCAAAGUUGUGCUAUACACUGAGUGUACAACACAUUAGGAACACCUUUUUUUGCCCUCAGAACAGCCUCAAUUCGUCGAGGCGUGGACUCUACAAGCUGUCAAAAGCUUUCCACAGGGAUGCUGACCCAUGUUGACGUCAAUGCUUCCCACAGUUGUGUAAAAUUGUCUAGAUGUCCUUUGGGUGGUGGACAAUUCUUGAUACACACGGGAAACUGUUGAGUGUGAAAAACGACAGCAGCGUUGCAGUUAUUGACAAACCGGUGCACCUGGCACCUACUACCAUACCCCGUUCAAAAGGCAAUAACAUAUUUUGUCUUGCCCAUUCACCCUCUGAAUGGCACACACACACAAUCCAUGUCUCAAUAGUCUCAAGGCUUAAAAAAAAUGUUACCUGUCUCCUCCCCUUCAUCUACACUGAUUGAAGUGGAUUUAACAAGUGACAUCAAUAAGGGAUCAUAGCUUUCACCUGGAUUCACCUGGUCAGUCUAUGUCAUGGAAGAGCAGGUGUUCCUAAUGUUUUGUACACUCUGUGUAUCUUCAUUAGCUGUGUCAUAGCUAAUUUGUAAACUAUAAAUAUUGAUACAUUACUAGCUCAAACACUUAAUCUGCAAAAAUGACAAGUUCAUUAUUUGGUGAUGGGGAUUUCAGAACCAAAGUGGGGGGAGGGACAAUAUGUGUAUGCGAUCAAUAAGAUUUUAUUUUAUUUUGACAAAAAACUUGCUACAUUGCCCCAACCCAAAUCUGGUAGUGGGGUAUUAGAUGUAUAGUCUCCAUUAUGGCUCUAAUCUGAUAGUGGGGUGGUAGAUGUCUAGUCUCCAUUAUGGCUCUAAUCUGGUAGUGGGGUGGUAGAUGUCUAGUCUCCAUUAUGGUUCUAAUCUGAUAGUGGGGUGGUAGAUGUCUAGUCCCAUUAUGGCUCUAAUCUGAUAGUGGUAGUGGGGUGGUAGAUGUCUAGUCUCCAUUAUGGCUCUAAUCUGGUAGUGGGGUGGUAGAUGUCUAGUCUCCAUUAUGGCUCUAAUCUGAUAGUGGGGUGGUAGAUGUCUAGUCUCCAUUAUGGCUCUAAUCUGAUAGUGGGGUGGUAGAUGUAUAGUCUCCAUUAUGGCUCUAAUCUGGUAGUGGGGUGGUAGAUGUCUAGUCUCCAUUAUGGCUCUAAUCUGAUAGUGGGGUAUUAGAUGUCUAGUCUCCAUUAUGGCUCUAAUCUGGUAGUGGGGUGGUAGAUGUCUAGUCUCCAUUAUGGCUCUAAUCUGGUAGUGGGGUGGUAGAUGUCUAGUCUCCUUUAUGGCUCUAAUCUGGUAGUGGGGUGGUAGAUGUCUAGUCUCCAUUAUGGCUCUAAUCUGAUAGUGGGGUGGUAGAUGUCUAGUCUCCAUUAUGGCUCUUAAUCUGGUAGUGGGGUGGUAGAUGUCUAGUCUCCAUUAUGGCUCUAAUCUGGUAGUGGGGUGGUAGAUGUCUAGUCUCCAUUAUGGCUCUAAUCUGGUAGUGGGGUGGUAGAUGUCUAGUCUCCAUUAGGGCUCUAAUCUGAUAGUGGUUUAGUGGGGUGGUAGAUGUUCUAGUCUCCAUUAUGGCUCUAAUCUGGUAGUGGGUGGUAGAUGUCUAGUCUCCAUUAUGGCUUAAUCUGAAUAGUGGUAGUGGGGGGGGUAGAUGUCUAGUCUCCAUUAUGGCUCUAAUCGGUAGUGGGGGAUUAGAUUCUAGUCUCCAUUAGGCUCUAAUCUGAUAGUGGUAGUGGGGUGGUAGAUGUCUAGUCUCCAUUAUGGCUCUAAUCUGAUAGUGGGGUAGUAGAUGUCUAUCUCCAUUAUGGCUCAAAUCGAUAUGGUAGUGGGGUGGUAGAUGUCUAGUCUCCAUUAUGGCUCUAAUCUGGUAGGGGGGGGGGGGGGGUUAGAUGUCUAGUCUCCAUUAUGGCUCUAAUCUGGUAGUGGGGUGGUAGAUGUCUAGUCUCCAUUAUGGCUCUAAUCUGGUAGUGGGGUGGGGUAGAUGUCUGUUCCAUUAUGGCUCUAAUCUGAUAGUGGUAGGGGGGAAAGAUGUCUAGUCCCCCUUAUGGCUCUAAUCUGUAGUGGGGUGGUAGAUGUCUAUUCUCCAUUAUGGCUCUAAUCUGAUAGUGGUAGUGGGGUUAUUAGAUGUCUAGUCUCCUUUAUGGCUCAAUCUGGUAGUGGGGUGGGAGAUGUCUGUCUCCUUUUAUGGCUCUAAUCUGGUAGUGGGGUGGUAGAGUCUAGUCUCCAUUAUGGCUCUAAUCUGGUAGUGGGGUAUUAGAUGUCUAGUCUCCAUUAUGGCUUCAAUUGGUAGUGGGGUGGUAGAUGUCUAUUCCAUUAUGGCUCUAAUCUGAUAGUGGGGUGGUAGAUGUCUAGUCUCCAUUAUGGCUCUAAUCUGAUAGUGGUAGUGGGGUGUAGAUGUCUAGUCUCCAUUAUGGCUCUAAUCUGGUAGUGGGGUGGUAGAUGUCUAGUCUCCAUUAUGGCUCUAAUCUGAGUGGUAGUGGGGUGGUAGAUGUCUAGUCUCCAUUAUGGCUCUAAUCUGGUAGUGGGGUGGUAGAUGUCUAGUCUCCAUUAUGGCUCUAAUCUGAUAGUGGGGUGGGUAUAGAUGUCUAGUCUCCAUUAUGGCUCUAAUCUGGUAGUGGGGUGGUAGAUGUCUAGUCUCCAUUAUGGCUCUAAUCUGGUAGUGGGGUGGUAGAUGUCUAGUCUCCAUUAUGGCUCUAAUCUGGUAGUGGGGUAUUAGAUGUCUAGUCUCCAUUAUGGCUCUAAUCUGGUAGUGGGGUGGUAGAUGUCUAGUCUCCAUUAUGGCUCUAAUCUGAUAGUGGUAGUGGGGUGGUAGAUGUCUAUCUCAUAUGGUUCUAAUCUGGUAGUGGGGUUGGUAGAUGUCUAGUCUCCUUUAUGGCUCUAAUCUGGUAGUGGGUGGUAGAUGUCUAGUCUCCAUUAUGGCUCUAAUCUGUAGUGGGGUAUUAGAUGUCUAGUCUCCAUUAUGGCUCUAAUCUGGUAGUGGGGGUGGUAGUGUCUAGUCUCCAUUAUGGCUCUAAUUGGUAGUGGGGUGGUAGAUGUCUAGUCUCCAUUAUGGCUCUAAUCUGAUAGGGGGUGGGUGGUAGAUGUCUGUCCUCCAGUUAUGGCUCUAAUCUAAUUUGAUUGUGGAUUGGGUGGUAGAUGUCUAGUCUCCUUAUGGCUCUAAUUGAUAGUGGGGUGGUGAUGUCUAGUCUCCAUUAUGGCUCUAAUCUGAUAGUGGUAGGGGGGUAUUAGAUGUCUAGUCUCCAUUAUGGCCUUAAUCUGAUAGUGGGGUGGUAGAUGUCUAGUCUCCAUUAUGGCUCAUCUAUAAGUGGUAGUGGGGGUGGUAGUACUGUCUAGUUCCUCCAUUAUGGCUCUAAUCCGAUAGUGGGGUAUUAGAUGUCUAGUCUCCCAUUAUGGCUCUAACUAAUCUUAUAGGGGGUAUUUGAUGGUCUAGUCCUCCAUUAUGGCUCUAAAUCUGGUAGUGGGGUGGUUAGAUGUCCUAGUCUGCCAUUAUGGCUCUAAUCUGAUAGUGGUAGUGGGGUGGUAGAUGUCUAGUCUCCAUUAUGGCUCUAAUCUGAUAGUGGUAGUGGGGGGUAGAUGUCUAGUCUCCAUUAUGGCUCUAAUCUGAUAGUGGGGUAUUAGAUGUCUAGUCUCCAUUAUGGCUCUAAUCUGGUAGUGGGGUGGUAGAUGUCUAGUCUCCAUAUGGCUCUAAUCUGAUAGUGGGGGUGGUAGAUGUCUAGUCUCCAUUAUGGCUCUAAUCUGAUAUUUGGUAGUGGGUGGAGAUGUCUAGUCUCCCAUUAUGGCUCUAAUCUGAUAGUGGGGUAUUAGAUGUCUAGUUCCAUUAUGGCUCUAAUCGGGUUUAUGGGUUAUUAGAUGUCUAUUUCUCCAUUAUGGCUCUAAUCUGAUAGUGGUAGUGGGGUGGUAGAUUUUCUGCCCUCCAUUAGGCCUAAUCUGAUAGUGGUAGUGGGGUGGUAGAUGUCUAGUCUCCAUUAUGGCUCUAAUCUGGUAGUGGUAGUGGGGGGGGGGUAGUGUUCUAGUCUCCAUUGGCUCUAAUCUGAUAGUGGGUGUGGUAGAUGUUAGUCUCCUUUAAAUGGCUCUAAUCUGGUAGUGGGGUAUUAGAUGUCUGUUCCAUUAUGCUCUAAUCUGAUAGUGGUAGAUGUCUAGUCUCCAUUAUGGCUCUAAUCUGAUAGGGGUUUAGUGGGGUGGUAGAUGUCUAGUCUCCAUUUGGCUCUAAUCUGAUAGUGGGUGGUAGAUGUCUAGUCUCCAUUAGGCUCAAAUCUGAUAGUGGGGUAUUAGAUGUCUAGUCUCCUUUUGGCUCAAUCUGAUAGUGGUAGUUGGUGUGGUAGAUGUCUAGUCUCCAUUAUGGCUUUUAAUCUGGUAGUGGGGUGGUUGUAAUGUCUAGUCUCCAUUAGGCUCGAAUCUGAUAGUGGGGUAUUAGUGUCUAGUCUCCAUAUGGCUCUAAUCUGGUAGUGGGGUGGUAGAUGUCUAGUCUCCAUUAUGGCUCUAAUCUGAUAGUGGGUGGUAGAUGUCUAGUCUCCAUUAUGGCUCUAAUCUGAUAGUGGGGUGGUAGAUGUCUAGUCUCCAUUAUGGCUCUAAUCUGAUAGUGGGGUGGUAGAUGUCUAGUCUCCUUAUGGCUCAAAUUUGGGAUAGUGGGGUAUUAGAUGUCUAUCUCCAUUAUGGCUCUAAUCUGAUAGUGGGGGUGGUAGAUUUAGUCUCCUUAUGGCUCUAAUCUGAUAGUGGGUUUUAGAUGUCAUUUCUCCAUUAUGGCUCUAAUCUGAUAGUGGUAGUGGGUAUUAGAUGUCUAGUCUCCAUUAUGGCUCUAAUCUGGUAGUGGGGUGGUAGAUGUCUAGUCUCCAUUAUGGUUCUAAUCUGUAGUGGGGGUUGGUGGUUAAUGUCUGUCUCCAUUAUGGCUCUAAUCUGAUAGUGGAGUGGGGUGGUAGAUGUCUAGUCUCCAUUAUGGCUCUAAUCUGAUAGUGGUAGUGGGGUGGUGAGUCUAGUCUCAUUAGGGUUUUCUAAUCGGGUUUAGUGGGGUAUUAGAUGUCUAGUCUCCAUUAUGGCUCUAAUCUGGUAGUGGGGUGGUAGAUGUCUAGUCUCCAUUAUGGCUUUUAAUCUGGUAGUGGGGUGGUAGAUGUCUAGUCUCCAUUAUGGCUCUAAUCUGGAGUGGGGUGGUAGAUGUCUAGUCCCCAUUAUGGCUCUAAUCUGAUAGUGGUAGUGGGGUAUUAGAUGUAUAGUCUCCUUUAGGGCUCUAAUCUGGUAGUGGGGUGGUAGAUGUCUAGUCUCCUUUAUGGCUCCUAAUCUGAUAGUGGUGUGGGGUGGUAGAGUCUAGUCUCCAUUUGGCUCUAAUCUGGUAGUGGGGUGGUAGAUGUCUAGUCUCCAUUAUGGCUCUAAUCUGGUAGUGGGGGUAUUAGAUGUCUAGUCUCCAUUAUGGCUCUAAUCUGGUAGUGGGGUAUUAGAUGCUAGUCUCCAUUAUGGCUCUAAUCUGGGGGGAUUAGAUGGUCUAGUCCCAUUAUGGCUCUAAUCUGGUAGGGGGUGGUAGAUGUCUAGUCUCCAUUAUGGCUCUAAUCUGGUAGUGGGGUGUAGAUGUCUAGUCUCCAUUAUGGCUCUAAUCUGAUAGUGGGGUAUUAGAUGUCUAGUCUCCAUUAUGGCUCUAAUCUGGUAGUGGUAGUGGGGUGGUAGAUGUCUAGUCUUCAUUAUGGCUCUAAUCUGAUAGUGGUAGUGGGGUGGUAGAUGUCUAGUCUUCAUUAUGGCUCUAAUCUGAUAGUGGUAGUGGGGUGGUAGAUGUCUAGUCUCCAUUAUGGCUCUAAUCUGAUAGUGGGGUGGUAGAUGUCUAGUCUCCUUUAUGGCUCUAAUCUGAUAGUGGGGUGGUAGAUGUCUAGUCUCCAUUAUGGCUCUAAUCUGGUAGUGGGGGUAUUAGAUGUCUAGUCUCCAUUAUGGCUCUAAUCUGGUAGUGGGGUGGUAGAUGUCUAGUCUCCAUUAUGGCUCUAAUCUGAUAGUGGUAGUGGGGUGGUAGAUGUCUAGUCUCCAUUAUGGCUCUAAUCUGGUAGUGGGGUGGUAGAUGUCUAGUCUCCAUUAUGGCUCUAAUCUGGUAGUGGGGUGGUAGAUGUCUAGUCUCCAUUAUGGCUCUAAUCUGAUAGUGGGGUGGUAGAUGUCUAGUCUCCAUUAUGGCUCUAAUCUGGUAGUGGGGUAUUAGAUGUAUAGUCUCCAUUAUGGCUCUAAUCUGAUAGUGUGGUGUUAUUUUAUGUAUCAUGAAGGCAAGUGUAGGCAAAGGUAAAAUAAUAAUAUUAGUAAUAAGCAUGGAUCUGUUGUAAAAUUGAAAAUCUAUAUGCCUUGGAGUGUUUAUGGAUUGAGAGCCAGUUGAAUUCAGAGCAGAGAUAAUUAUGUGUUUUUCAUGAAAACUUCUGCAGCUGGUUUAGGAAUGUGAAUGACGUGAUGGCUGUGGAGAUAGAAGUAACAAUGGAACUAGUGUUUGCGUUUCUUUAUGUUUAUGACCUUAUGACCUGACACAUGGCCACAUGCACAUCAUCUCAGGGGCUGAGAGGAUGAUGAAUGAUAAAUGUUUUAUAAUGUAUUAUGAAAUGAUAAUGGUGAAACAGAAUGAACAUGUUUGAUAUUUUAUAAUCCAGAUAUAUGUUUAAAUAAUGAAUAUAGACAUUAAGGAUAUGAUGUGUUAUUUUACAGGGGUUUUUAAACUGAGGCCAUGGGGUUGUUCUAGACAUCUGGUUUGCAUUUACAUUAGUUUUUUAAGAAGGGGCUUUUGAGAAGGGGCCUAGGCACGCAGCCAAUAGAAUGAUCGAAUGAGAGGGUGGUACGAACUAAAAAAAAGUUAGGAAUGUUUGUACAUGUGGCUAUAAAAUUGAGCUCUUGGCGAAAAAGGGACAGUCUUUGUCUCUUUGGAAAAAGGCUCGGCUUUGUUUUUUAAAUAAAGUCUAAAUUCUUAAAUUCACAGGCUCUGAUGUCUUGAGAGAUAUUUUUGAGUUAAUUAUCUAGUCAAAUGUUUCUACAACAUAAUUGGCGACCACGAAGGGACUUGAUAGGGAUCAGUGACGGUAUGUAUUUGCAGUUGUGAAACGGCUUGGACGGACCAUACAAACAAAAGCGGCCGCUUUUAAAAAGGUAAGAAGUUCUUACUAAAAUAGUAUAAAGUUUGUGUGGUCCGAUCCGGGACUCGGCAACAUCUAAAGAAAUACCAAGUAGGUCUCUCCAAAUUUAAGAACCAGAAAGUUAGACACUAGGAGCUUUUGAAUUUAAGAAUACAUGUUGCUGUUGUUUGUCUGAACCGUCUGUUCAAUUGAUUUGAUUCAUUUGAUUCAGUUGAUUCAUCUUGCUGAUUGCUCUGUCUGGGUCAUUUGGACAUGGGUGGUUGUACGGCUGGUUGAGCGAUCAGACAAUAACAUGUUAAGUCCUGCAGAUACCGCUUUAGACGUUAAUCGUCUUGAGGACUGCAUAGGUAGGCAGAAAUCCUGGGGUAAUACCGCUUCUUUUUCUGUGUUGAGGAAGUGUAACAGAAAAAUUAGGGCAGAAUUGACAGGUCGCUUAGCAAAGCGUAGUAUAAAUAGAAAUCUUGUGGAUACCGCUUUGGAGGGCUAUAAUUAGCAUUCCAUUGGCCUGAACAGACAAGAUUACUUACGGAUACCGCUCUGAUGAUAAAUUCUUUGUUAGAGGUCUGUACGGGUAAGUAGUGAAUCAUCCUGUGUUGUGAUGAUGUCAAUAUUAUGUAGGGUCUAUCAGGAAAAAAAGUUAGGUCAUCCUGAGUAGGUGAACGGGUUAAAUAGCUACAAGGGCUUCCAAAUUUUGAUAAAGUGUUAUAUAUAGAGUAGGUCUGCUCAUCUCGUAUGGUGAAUGGGUUGCUUGUGCGGCUGUGAGUCAUUCAACUGUCUGAUUCAUUUGGGCACAAGUGGCUGCUCAUCUGUGUGAGUGAGAAUAUAAUAUUAAAUCCUGUAAGUAGAUAGUCUUUCUGUAAGGAAGGGAAAUCUAUUUGAGGUUGGUUUGAAGCUUCUGUCUGAUGGAGAAAGGGUGUGCCCAAUCACUUAGGAAAGAGAAGAAUAAAUGGUGCGUGGAUAUUCAUUGACCAACUGAGUGUAGAAAAUUCACGUUACCAGGAGGGGUAGAAUAAAUCCUGUUGGAGGAACAGGUCACGUUUAUUGGUGUGGUCAUAUGACGUCUAUGCAUUGUAUUUUGAUACAUCUGUUAGAGUAUGUUUCGGACGAUAUAUUUAGAAACGUUAGAGGUAAUGCAGUAUUAUGAUAAAUUGACUACGUAAAAUAAUAAAAUUAUAGGUGUUGACUUGUUCAAAAACGUAGGUGGAUGUGGAAAUGGGAGAGAGUACAUAGGACAUGUGGAUAGAAUUAAGCAUAAUAAUAAACGAUCUAUUAUUUCAGAAGCAGAUACAUAAUUCAUUUGGUUAGGUUGUUAGAUCUGUUUCCAAAUCAAUGAAUGUGGGGUUUGACUUGUUGACUGCUAAGUUGAUUACGUUGAGCGUGUGAGAACUGUGUCCUUCAGAACUAUUUUCUGAUAAAGUGUGGUAUGUUCCAGAUACUAAUACUACUGACUAUUAUCAUUGGAAUAAAAGAGGAUUAACUUGUCAUUUCGAUAAAGCAUGGAUUCUGCAUCGCUGAACAGAGUCUAGGUUUUCUAAGUAUAGUUUAGCUAUUGUUGGGAUGUGAAUAGAUUUUACUAAAAGCAUGAAUUAGUUUCCGGUAAAAAGAGAGUUAUACUUGUUUGACUGUAUCGAGCUGAAAUAGUUAUUUAAAGAAAUUUUGAAUAGUUGGAUGGAAAACAUCUAUUUGACAAAAUUCUAAUUGUUAUUAUUUUAUUCUAUGGUUUGCGUCACCAGUGGUGUAUGCGAAUAUUUGGUGAAUUGUAGAAUCAUAAUGUAUGUUCAUUACGUGAACUAGGGGAUGCAAGGAGCUUUGGUUAUUAUGCUGAGUGAAUAAGCACCCAUUUAUAGUGGGUUCUAGAUUUGUUGACUAAACAAACGUAUAUUUUAAACAAAAGUAAUGCAAUAGGCUACAAUUAUAACAUUAUCAGAAAAGGGCGCUAUACGCUUAUCUGUGGCUGUAGCUCAGUUGGUAGAGCACGGUGCUUACAACGCCAGGGUUGGGUGUUCGAUUCCCAAGGGGGGCUAGUAUAAGUAAAGGAAUGUAUGAGCUCACGAAGUGAGUGUUGUUUGGAAAAAGAGCAUCUGCUAAAAUAUUAACGGAGAGGAGACAACGUGGUAGUAAUUUUUAGUCAUUGAAUGAGGUUUUGCUAAAUUAAACGAGUGACAAUGGUGAAAUAUGUCUAUAAAUCAAUUGGAUUGUGAUAAAUGGAUGAUUUCAAUAUAUGAGGUAAACUAUAGCAAGUGUUUGGUGUUACUUGUGGCUUACAUAGCAAGAAUAGUUAAUUCAUUCUGUAAUGGCGGAGUGAUGGUUUAAUUGUGUGGCUAUGAUUUUAGUUGAUUACAGGAGAAAUAGGAUAUAGUUUACUACGCAUGGAGAAGUGAAUGUCUUAUAUGGUAAUAGAUAUAUUGAACCAAACAUGACGUUACUAUGGCAAUUUAGGAUGGUUAAUGUUGUUAAGUGGGGUUUUUAAACCCUAUGAUAGAGGUAAAUGCAGAAUGCUGUUUGAAAGUGGUUUUAUUUCGUCUGCUAGGAAAAAUUGAAGAAUUUCCAUUUUUUCUCUGUGGAUGUUAAACUUGCUGAAAUGUGAGAGCGCUAUAAUGGACGUUGUGGGCUACGUUAGGUGUAUGGGGAUCGCGUGGUGUGGGAGGUUGUGGAAUGUUAUUGGCAGGAGAUUGCUAGCUAGUUAGAGGUGAAAGCUAGUGUGGUUUUCGUUGGGUGAUGUCAUUUGCUCUAUGAACUGGAAGUAGAUGCUUUGUGUGGCACUGGUGGAGCGCCGGGUAAUGGUACUUUUAUGGUGAAAGUUGUCAAUGUGUGCAGAGGGUCCCUGGUUCGAAUCCAGUAGGGGACAGAAAGCAAAUCUUUUACAUUGAUGUUAUUGAUGUGAAUUACUGGUUUCGUUGAUAACAUUAUAGGAAAGAUGUCCUACCAAUCUAUGUCGAAUAGGAUAACAUAGUAAUUGAAAUAGCAUAUUGGUGAAUUUGAUGUUUUAUUGGUUUAUAUUUAGGAGAAUGAGAAUAUGUUAUUAGGUAGUAUUGCUUUGUGGAGACGAUUAACUAAUGGAGAACAUGUCUCGAUAGUUGAAUAAGGAACGAUAUUUGAUAAUUGAUCAUUUUAUUAUGACAUUAUAUUGUUUGUUUAAACAGCAGUGAGUUAUGAUGAUGUUUUAUUACUUCAGAUAACGAUGAAUUGUUUAUAGUACGUUGAACCUUGGGAGGUAGUUGUUGCUGUUGACUUGAUGGAUUAAGUAGACAUCUUUUUAUGGGUUUUGGAUUAUGAAACAAUAAGUUUAUAUUUGGGGAAAAAAAAAAGAAAACAUCGAUGCAACAGUUUGCGACGUUUAAAUUACUAAAAAGGGGUUAUAGGUUUAUGAUGUUUUGUGUGUAAUUACUAUCUUUGGAUUGAUGAUUAUAUGUUAACGACAUGUAUACUUUCUCUUCCAGGAACAUGGGGAUUUCUUUAUUGGGAGGUUAGAAAAGUCUGUAGGCUAGGGUGGAACUAGUUAGUAAAAUUAAGUAGUUUUAUUUUUAGGUUGUCAUAGGGAGUUACAAAAAUAAAUAAGGCCUGGCCAUUUUUGUUUGGUUAUUGUUUUACUAUAUGGUGUUCAAAUAACCACAAACAAACUACUUAGUAUGAAAUGUUAGUUGUAUAGGAUUUUUAUUUCUAUUUGGGGUUUUUUGACAGGAUGGAAGUGAAAUAUCUUAAAGGGGCAUACACAUGUAAUGUGGGUUUUAUUUACUGAGGGAUAAGUACAUAUGUGUGAUUUAUUUUGAAAAGAGCUGUACUAAGGAAUUACAACAUUUAUGAAAGGUUUUGAUGGUUGUUAGAAGUAGUAUACUAUAGGAUGAAACAAUUCAUUGAAUGAUUUCAAUGACCUCUGAAAUCUGUCCUGGCUUUAUAGUGUGAUCUGAUCAACCGCACUAUGAAUUCUAGAGGCAUGCUGAAUUAAGGGGUUAGAUAAAAUAAGGAUAAUUGUGAAGAAGUUUACAAGUUGGAAAAAUCCUAUAUAUAAAUGAGUCUAAACAGGACAAGGAUGUAGUGAGAGAGUUAGUCCUGAAUGAGAAGUAUUAAUUGAAUAGUGUUAUGGAAUACAGUUAAGUAAAGAUAUGCUCAAGGGUUGUCAUUUUAAGGUUAGUUAUUAUUUUAGGGUUGAUAGGCAAUAUUGUUUUGUUUUGUUUUUGUACACAUAAAUCACGAUGUGAUGUAUGUGUCCAAGGGGGGAAGUUGGGAUUACAGAGGUUUUAAUGGUUUAUUAUGGUUUUGUGGGGAAAUAUGCAAGGUGUAUUAAGGAUGUGAAAGUAGUAAUAAUGUGUUAUGGGUUAGGUUAAAUAAUUUUUGUUUUUGUGAUAGGAGGCAUGGUGUAGAGGUGGUCUGUCUAUGAGAUACGUGGACUACAACAAGCUGGAAGCAGGUGUGCUUCAUAAUCUCAAGGCUUCUCUUGACGGAUGAGAGGACAUGAGUAGCAUACUGUGUCUCAAAUAACCUAACAAUGUUCUUAAGAUUUUCUUUUCAUGGGUGAAGAUAGCUAUGUCCAACUGAGUAGGAUAAUCUGAGUAUUUUCUGUGCCCUGGAGACUAUGUGAUGGCAAAAGACUACAGAAGAAAGAGCUGGAAAGGUGUUGUUGGCUGCCUUAAUGAUGGUAAAACUGGUGGAGACAGAUACUAAGAUUAAUGUUUUCCACUAUAGGAGUGUUCCAACCUCAGCCAUUGGGUAGUAUUGUUGUUUUUUGUGUGUGUCUGUGCUUGUGUUUUUGCAGCAGUAACUCUGAGUUUCCUUAUGAGAAGGCUGAUAGAAGGACACUUUUCACAGACCGAUGUCGAUAGAUUGAGAGGGACUUUGGCUGAUCCGGAGAUCCUAGUGAUGGGGGAAGGUUAACAACAGAAGUGACCUACAUAUUGUUGUCCAGGUUAUACCAACGAUGGUACGGAUAGAGGGGAGUAUUGGGUAUCAUCUUAACCAUUGUACCAGAGUGAGGGAACUGAUGAUUGAGAGAUUCCAGAUCUCCAAGAUGCACCAGAUAUCCUUAUCAUUGAUUUCUAUGUACUUGACUAGUUACCUGAGAAUAAGGGGAAUGGAGUACUGAGAAUAAUAAUAAAGAGCAGAAGAACAAGACAUAGAAGGGAUAUAGAAAGGAGUAGAAUGUAGAUUCUUGCACAGGCAGGAACCAUAACUAAAAAUACAGGAAGGGAUCACUAUUAAAAUACAAGGGUUAAAAUAUUAUUGGUGUGUGAGAAACCAGCACAAAGAGUAUGGGGAAGUCACAUGGGGUAGUGUGACCUUAAGAUAAUGAAAGAAAGAGACAAGUGAAUCAUAGACAUAAGGAGAACAGUCCAAGACUUAGAUAACCAAUUUGAUGUAGUAUUUGGUGUUAGAUUUCCAGGGGAAAGUGUUAUUAGAAGAGAGAAGUAUAAGCAAGUGUUAGAAUAGGAACAAGGAAAGGGAAACUUAAUGUCAAAUAGAGUAUGAGAAAAAUAUAGGAAUGUUACAAUAAAACAAUUGGGUUAUAUAAUUUGGGAAGAAUUCAAGGGAGAAUGUGAAACAUAAUGAUUUGUCAUGUAGACAAUGUUAAUAGGGAUGUUUUGGAUUGGAAAUUAACUCAACUGAACUGUUAUGAUCUGUCCUUUCCUGAGGUUACAACGGAUGGUGUCGUAAUGCAUUGCAGAGAUCAAUUGGCUCAGAACGGUGUAAACCUCAAUAAAAACCAAAAAUCCUCUACUUGGCUGAAGAGGAAACAACAAAGGCGUUGAAGAUGUUCCUGUCCGACCCACUUCUGCAUCAAAUCAAAGCAAUAUACUGGGUUGCACAUGGACAAAACAGGAUGAUGGUGGAGGUGUGGUGGUUCAGGUGUGACAUUGGAAUUGGGACAUUGCUAUUGGAAAUUCAAAAUGAACUAUGAACAACAUAAUGAAGAAUAAUGAAGACGCCAGAAGAUUGAGUGCCGGUAGAGGAAGGAGUGUUAGUUGAGGUAGUAUGUUGAUUAAGGAGGUAUUAUACACUACUAAAUUUAUAGUAAUUUGGACAAUGCAUUAGGGUACUGAUCUGAUGUAAUUCUUGUUAUGAGGAAGUUAAUGCUAGAAUUAGUAUAAUAUAAAUAUACAUUCAGCCAGUAUUGAUGUGCCAAGGUGAGAGUUUUAACUUUGAAUGAUGGAACAAAGGUGACUAAUUAAGAAUUGUCAUUUUAAAGUUGUUUUGGGUAAUUCAUUUCAUUAUGAUUAUAAAUUAUAAGUGGACUGACUGAUCUGAAUAACUUAUAAUAUUAAUGCUUAGUGAUGUUGACAUGGCAAUUAAUUGAUUAAGAUAUGGAUAUUGAUUAUUUUAAUUGUUAUAAUACUUGUGAUAUGAGUAAUUAAUUUUUGUAUUGAUGGGACAAUAUUAUAAUGUCCCAAAGGGGGGAUAUGUGGUGUUAUUUUAUGUAUCAUGAAGGCAAGUGUAGGCAAAGGUAAAAUAAUAAUAUUAGUAAUAAGCAUGGAUCUGUUGUAAAAUUGAAAAUCUAUAUGCCUUGGAGUGUUUAUGGAUUGAGAGCCAGUUGAAUUCAGAGCAGAGAUAAUUAUGUGUUUUUCAUGAAAACUUCUGCAGCUGGUUUAGGAAUGUGAAUGACGUGAUGGCUGUGGAGAUAGAAGUAACAAUGGAACUAGUGUUUGCGUUUCUUUAUGUUUAUGACCUUAUGACCUGACACAUGGCCACAUGCACAUCAUCUCAGGGGCUGAGAGGAUGAUGAAUGAUAAAUGUUUUAUAAUGUAUUAUGAAAUGAUAAUGGUGAAACAGAAUGAACAUGUUUGAUAUUUUAUAAUCCAGAUAUAUGUUUAAAUAAUGAAUAUAGACAUUAAGGAUAUGAUGUGUUAUUUUACAGGGGUUUUUAAACUGAGGCCAUGGGGUUGUUCUAGACAUCUGGUUUGCAUUUACAUUAGUUUUUUAAGAAGGGGCUUUUGAGAAGGGGCCUAGGCACGCAGCCAAUAGAAUGAUCGAAUGAGAGGGUGGUACGAACUAAAAAAAAGUUAGGAAUGUUUGUACAUGUGGCUAUAAAAUUGAGCUCUUGGCGAAAAAGGGACAGUCUUUGUCUCUUUGGAAAAAGGCUCGGCUUUGUUUUUUAAAUAAAGUCUAAAUUCUUAAAUUCACAGGCUCUGAUGUCUUGAGAGAUAUUUUUGAGUUAAUUAUCUAGUCAAAUGUUUCUACAACAAUAGUGGUAGUGGGGUGGUAGAUGUCUAGUCUCCAUUAUGGCUCUAAUCUGGUAGUGGGGUGGUAGAUGUCUAGUCUCCAUUAUGGCUCUAAUCUGGUAGUGGGGUGGUAGAUGUCUAGUCUCCAUUAUGGCUCUAAUCUGGUAGUGGGGUGGUAGAUGUCUAGUCUCCAUUAUGGCUCUAAUCUGGUAGUGGGGUAUUAGAUGUAUAGUCUCCAUUAUGGCUCUAAUCUGGUAGUGGGGUGGUAGAUGUCUAGUCUCCAUUAUGGCUCAUAUCAGGUACCUACAUAGUACACACCAUAGACAUACAGUACCAGUCAAAAGUCUGGACACACCUACUCAUUCAAGGGUUUUUCUUUAUUUUUACUAUUUUCUACAUUGUAGAAUGAUAGUGAAGACAUCAAAACUAUGAAAUAACACAUAUGGAAUCAUGUAGUAACCAGAAAAGUAUUAAACAAAUCAAAAUAUAUUUGAGAUUCUUCAAGGUAGCCACCAUUUGCCUUGAUGACAGCUUUGCACAUUCUUGGCAUUCUCUCAACCAGCUUCCUGAGGUAGUCACCUGGAAUGCAUUUCAGUUAACAGGUGUGCCUUGUUAAAAGUGAAUUUUUGGAAUUUCUUUCCUUCUUAAUGCGUUUGAGCCAAUCAGUUGUGUUGUGACAAGGUAGGGGUUUUAUACAGAAGAUAGCCCUAUUUGGUAAAAGACCAAGUCCACAUUAUGGCAAGAACAGCUCAAAUAAGCAAAGAGAAACGACAGUCCAUCAUUACUUUAAGACAUGUGCAGUACCAAAAACCAUUAAGCGCUAUGAUGAAACUGGCUCGUUUACAAACUAAAACGUAUCGUUCCUCUUACGUAUCGGAGCCCAAUGUAUCUUAGAUACGGUACAUCAAAUGGUCUUGAAAGGGAACGAUGCACAUCCCUAAAGCCAAUGUUUUCCAUCGUCAAAUUGUCACUGUCUCCCCUUAAUCUGCCCUUCUCUGUCUAUCCCCUUGGUUACACCAAUCCAGUGCUUUUAAAUGUGUGGGGAGUACUGCACGAGUGCACACUCCUGGAGAAAACACAGAUAGUUGGGAUGCAGGGAGUGUAAAUGGUAGAGGUGGAGGGUGCAUAAAGGGGUCAUAUCUUUUUGUUGUUGUUUCAGGCGGACAUACGGCCCCAGACCGACGGCUGUAACGGCCUGAGAUACAAUCUUACCUCUGACAUAAUCGAGUCCGUCUUCAGGACGUACCCUGCAGGUAAGAUACCUCCGCUUCUCUGUCAUGUAAACCAAUGGUGCCUACUUAGUGAUCGACACGUUAUGAUUGGCCACCAUAAGCAGGUAGAUGAUGAAACUAUGGGCCCUGUUGGAAUACCUUCAAAUAAAAUGUAUGCAUGACUAGGUCUCUAUAUAUAUUAUAUAUAUUACCUGCUGCUUUUCUUCCUUCCUCGGUAGUCACUGAUCUGUACAUGAUUGGAUAAGUGAAGGUAAGUACAUCGUUUUGAAUGUAUUCCAAAAGGGCCAUGGUUUUUCAUCUCACACCGGGGUCCUGUCAUUGACAAACUUAUUUGUUUCCUCCCAGUGAAACAGAAGUAUGGCGAGAACGUUCCUCAAAACCUGACAGAGAAGGAGUUCUGGACACGGUUCUUCCAGUCCCACUACUUCCACCGAGACCGCGUCAACACGGGCCUUCAGGACAUCUUCUCAGAGUGUGCCAAGCAGGACGAGAAGGGUGAGGCCACUUCUCACAUGGAGAGUAGUCAGUCCAUAUUAUGCAUAUUAUUGUUUUUCUCAUGUACUAGUGAUGGGGGGGGGGAUCGAUACAGUUACGUAUCGCAAUAUUAUAUACGACUGAACGAUUAGUUGACUGAACGAUUGUUUGGUCGUUAGGCUGUUGGUCGACAGAGAGAUAGAUAGAUAGAGAUAUAUGUGUAUAUAGAUGUAUAUAUGUAUGUAUGUAUGUAUAUAUAUGUGUAUAUAUAUAUAUGUGUGUGUGUGUGUGUAUAUAUAUAUAUAUAUAUAUAUGUAUAUAGAUAUGUGUGUGUGUGUGUGUGUGUAUAUAUGUAUGUGUGUAUAUAUAUAUAUGUGUGUGUGUGUAUAUAUGUAUAUGUAUAUAUAUGUGUAUAUAUACACAUUUAUGUAUGUGUAUAUAUAUAUAUAUAUAUAUGUGUGUAUAUAUGUGUGUGUGUGUGUAUAUGUAUCACACACACAUACACACAUACACACACCUUGGCUGCAUCGCGGUCCUUCAGGGCAGUGCUCUCGUUGGAGAAGUGGAAGUUGGUGCUCUCCCCCGUGUGGAGGACCAACUGCAGCUGAAUCUUGGCCUUGCCGUCUGGGCUGAUCUUCUGACCUGCACAGGGUGGGGAGAAAAUAGGCUACUAAGUUACUGCUAUAAAUAUUAGUCAUUAUAUACACAUUCUGAUUACUACUUAUAGAGUACUACCAUCCAAAGUACCUUCUCUCUCUUUCUCUCUCUCUCUCUCUCUCUCUCUCUCUCUCUCUCUCUCUCUCAAAAGUUUGGGCUCACUUAGAAAUGUCCUUGUUUUCGAAAGAAAAGCCAUUUUCAGAAAUACAGUGUAGACAUUGUUAAUGUUGUAAAUGGCUAUUGUAGCUGGAAAUGGCUGAUUUGUAAUGGAAUAUCUACAUAGGCGGACAGAGGCCCAUUAUCAGCAACCAUCAGUCCUGUGUUCCAAUGGCACGUUGUGUUUGCUAAUCCAAGUUUAUCAUUUUAAAAGCCUAAUUGAUCAUUAGAAAACCAUUUUGCAAUUAUGUUAGCACAGCUGAAAACUGUUGUGCUGAUUUUAAAGAAGCAAUAAAACUGGCCUUCUUGAGACUAGUUGAGUAUCUGGAGCAUCAGCAAUUGUGGGUUCGAUUACAGGCUCAAAAUGGCCAGAAGCCUGAGUAGUUAGUAGUUGAUACAAUGUUUAAAGUUCGUUGCAGACAGGCCAUGUGUAGCCAAUGUGAUUUUCAGGAUAUUUUCUACCUGCAGGCUGCAAUGUUUUUAUUUGUUGGCUUUAUGGAGGCUUUUUUUUUUUUUUUACAUAGUUGGCAAUAGAAGUUACUUUGUAGGUUUGUAUCAUUUUCAUUUAGAUUUGGAUUGAAUUUUGAUUCACCACAUGAAAAUGAUUUAGAGAUAUGAAGACGUUAUUAUAAAUGAAAACUGUUUCACGCAAAUGUGCAUAUGAAAACCAUAACUGGCACGCAGAUUGGUAGAAAUGUUAAGAUAAAUUGGCAUUCCACAUGAGAAAGGUUGCCGACUCCUAUUUACUCUGUUGCAAUCCACUGUCUCAUCAGCCCAGCCAGGCAAUUUAUAAACUUGAUCUCCACUAUAAAAAGCAUCUAGACAUUCUCUCCCAUUUCUUUUAGACUAGCAAUUGGUUUUCAACAGUGGAGAUUUGUAUAAACCUUGCUGUCUGUUUCUCAGAAAUGUGCAAUUGUUUCAAUAUUGAAAUUCGAUCUCCAGCUGUCGCAUAGUAAUGAAUGUGUCGGGACGAGACAGACAAGCAGGCAGCUUUUCGCAGCCAGUCGAAAUCAUGAAUCAGCUGGCAUAAUUUGUAUGUAUAUAUACAAAGAAAGGUGAAUAGAAAACAGGUCAAACAAAACUAAAUGCAGCUAGUUUGCUGUCUUUCCAGCUUCCGUUUGAAGUGAUUGUGUUGGCUGUGUUGGCUAGCUGCUCUGAACAAAAGUCUCCUGACGAGAGAGCAAAUUUUAUACGCCAGGCGAAAUCGCGCCUCAUUAGCUCAUUGUUAUGGAUGUAUCCAAAUAAAUGUCACUAGAAAACAGCUUAAACAAAUGCAAAUGCAGCUACUUUGUUGUUAUACUGGCUGCACUUUCUGACGUGACUGUAAGUUAGCCGUAGUUGGCUAGCUAGCAAGCAAGGGAUAGGAACGUUGCCAGCCAGAAUUGGCAAUGGAACAUUUAGAACGAACAUAGAUACAGAACCAAAAAAACGUAACGACUUGCAACCGAAUCGAUAGAACGAACGACCAGCCGGCUUGGGUAGCAACUUUAGAUUUGUGUCAGGACUAUAUCUCGUGGAAGGAUAAAAUAGUAUGAAUAAAUGCCAAUAUAUCCUCCAAACACCGGUUUCUCUGGCAUUAUCACUUAAUUAUUUUUGCGCUAGUUGGCUAAACCUGCACCAAAACUCCAAUAUUUUUCCUUCAUAGCUUGUUCUUUUUAAAUAGAGAGCCACAUUUUUUUGACUGAUCAAAAAACGAAUCGCAAUACAUAUCAUAUCGCACCUUUAGUAUCAAUAUUGUAUGGCGAGGUCCUUGGCAAUUCCCAGCCAAGCACUUUGAGUCGCUAUCUCUCAGUGUGAAAUGUGCUAUACAAAUAAUUGUUAUGACUCUGCAGGCUUGAAGUCCAUGGUAGUCCAAGGAGUGAAGAAUCCAAUGCUGGACCUGCUGUCACUGGAGGACAAGCCGUCAGAGGAGGUGAGAAGAACAGUCCUUGCCUGUAAUGUUACACAAGGGUUAUGUUCAUUAGGGCAUACCAGAGAAGAAAAAAAAACACUUUUCUUAUUGGACAAAUUCAGAUAGUUACUUCCAGUUUCUGGCCAUUUUGUUCCGUUUUGGCCCUACUGAACACAACCCUGCUGCGUAUUCUUUGGACACCAGAAAGUGUGUGGUAAUUUGUUGACUGUUGGAGAGGUUUUGAGCAUUCUCAUUCUAAUCCUGCAUGUCGCCAUCAGCCCCAGGUUAAAGUUACCCCUAGGUACAUCUCUAGGACCAGCUGUGGUCCUCUGUAGCUCCGCUGGUAGAGCACGGCGCUUGGAACGCCAGGGUACUGGGUUCGAUCCCCGGGACCACCCAUACGUAAAAAUGUAUGCGCACAUGACUGUAAGUCGCUUUGGAUAAAAGCGUCUGCUAAAUGGCAUAUUAUUAUUAUUAUUAUUAUUAUUAUUAUUAUUAUUAUUAUUAUAGCUUGACCUUAACCAGUAGGGGGAAAACACAAAACUGACCUUAGAUCAGUGUCUGGGGUAACUUCAUUAACUCUACUAUGCCACUGUUCUCUCUCCAGGGUUAUGGGAUUAACUCCAACUUCUACGUCCAACACUAAUCACUGUUCUCUCUCCAGGGUUAUGGGACCAACUCCACAGCACCUUCUACGUCCAACACUAAUCACUGUUCUCUCUCCAGGGUUAUGGGACUAACUCCACAGCACCUUCUACGUCCAACACUAAUCACUGUUCUCUCUCCAGGGUUAUGGGACCAACUCCACAGCACCUUCUACGUCCAACACUAAUCACUGUUCUCUCUCCAUGGUUAUGGGACCAACUCCACAGCACCUUCUACGUCCAACACUAAUCACUGUUCUCUCUCCAGGGUUAUGGGACCAACUCCACAGCACCUUCUACGUCCAACACUAAUCACUGUUCUCUCUCCAGGGUUAUGGGACUAACUCCACAGCACCUUCUACGUCCAACACUAAUCACUGUUCUCUCUCCAGGGUUAUGGGACCAACUCCACAGCACCUUCUACGUCCAACACUAAUCACUGUUCUCUCUCCAGGGUUAUGGGACCAACUCCACAGCACCUUCUACGUCCAACACUAAUCACUGUUCUCUCUCCAGGGUUAUGGGACCAUCUCCACAGCACCUUCUACGUCCAACACUAAUCACUGUUCUCUCUCCAGGGUUAUGGGACCAACUCCACAGCACCUUCUACGUCCAACACUAAUCACUGUUCUCUCUCCAGGGUUAUGGGACCAACUCCACAGCACCUUCUACGUCCAACACUAAUCACUGUUCUCUCUCCAGGGUUAUGGGACCAACUCCACAGCACCUUCUACGUCCAACACUAAUCACUGUUCUCUCUCCAGGGUUAUGGGACCAACUCCACAGCACCUUCUACGUCCAACACUAAUCACUGUUCUCUCUCCAGGGUUAUGGGACCAUCUCCACAGCACCUUCUACGUCCAACACUAAUCACUGUUCUCUCUCCAGGGUUAUGGGACCAACUCCACAGCACCUUCUACGUCCAACACUAAUCACUGUUCUCUCUCCAGGGUUAUGGGACUAACUCCACAGCACCUUCUACGUCCAACACUAAUCACUGUUCUCUCUCCAGGGUUAUGGGACCAACUCCACAGCACCUUCUACGUCCAACACUAAUCACUGUUCUCUCUCCAGGGUUAUGGGACCAACUCCACAGCACCUUCUACGUCCAACACUAAUCACUGUUCUCUCUCCAGGGUUAUGGGACUAACUCCACAGCACCUUCUACGUCCAACACUAAUCACUGUUCUCUCUCCAGGGUUAUGGGACCAACUCCACAGCACCUUCUACGUCCAACACUAAUCACUGUUCUCUCUCCAGGGUUAUGGGACCAACACCACAGCACCUUCUACGUCCAACACUAAUCACUGUUCUCUCUCCAGGGUUAUGGGACCAACUCCACAGCACCUUCUACGUCCAACACUAAUCACUGUUCUCUCUCCAGGGUUAUGGGACCAACUCCACAGCACCUUCUACGUCCAACACUAAUCACUGUUCUCUCUCCAGGGUUAUGGGACCAUCUCCACAGCACCUUCUACGUCCAACACUAAUCACUGUUCUCUCUCCAGGGUUAUGGGACCAACUCCACAGCACCUUCUACGUCCAACACUAAUCACUGUUCUCUCUCCAGGGUUAUGGGACCAACUCCACAGCACCUUCUACGUCCAACACUAAUCACUGUUCUCUCUCCAGGGUUAUGGGACCAAACUCCACAGCACCUUCUACGUCCAACACUAAUCACUGUUCUCUCUCCAGGGUUAUGGGACCAACUCCACAGCACCUUCUACGUCCAACACUAAUCACUGUUCUCUCUCCAGGGUUAUGGGACCAACACCACAGCACCUUCUACGUCCAACACUAAUCACUGUUCUCUCUCCAGGGUUAUGGGACCAACUCCACAGCACCUUCUACGUCCAACACUAAUCACUGUUCUCUCUCCAGGGUUAUGGGACCAACUCCACAGCACCUUCUACGUCCAACACUAAUCACUGUUCUCUCUCCAGGGUUAUGGGACCAUCUCCACAGCACCUUCUACGUCCAACACUAAUCACUGUUCUCUCUCCAGGGUUAUGGGACCAACUCCACAGCACCUUCUACGUCCAACACUAAUCACUGUUCUCUCUCCAGGGUUAUGGGACCAACUCCACAGCACCUUCUACGUCCAACACUAAUCACUGUUCUCUCUCCAGGGUUAUGGGACCAACUCCACAGCACCUUCUACGUCCAACACUAAUCACUGUUCUCUCUCCAGGGUUAUGGGACCAACUCCACAGCACCUUCUACGUCCAACACUAAUCACUGUUCUCUCUCCAGGGUUAUGGGACCAACUCCACAGCACCUUCUACGUCCAACACUAAUCACUGUUCUCUCUCCAGGGUUAUGGGACCAACUCCACAGCACCUUCUACGUCCAACACUAACAAGACCGUGAAGGAGAGCAGUAACUCCACCAUCAUCAAGAGGUUCAACCACCACAGUACGAUGGUGCUGGCCGCAGGCUCCGGAAAGAACGCGUGAGUAGAUGACAUUCUUUCCUAAAAGUGAUUUUCCUCAGCAUUUCACUGCAGAACCUGUGUGUUAACCUGUCUGUCUUCUUAGGGACGUUCCUAACGAUCAGGUCAGUGAGACUAGCAGUACUGACGGAAACUCAAGGGACUCGGACUUCUUCCAACCUCCAAUUAAGAAGGUAUCAUAACAUCUCUGUUGUGAGUCUAAACAUACAAGAUAAAGGCUUGCUUGGCGCUGAGAUUUAUGAAUACAUGAAGAGCUUUGAUGCAGAAUAAUAGCAUUCAUCUCUCUCCCAUCCCCGCUAUAUAGGCACUUAGCCUUUUGGCCUCUGCUAUAGGUACUUACAGCUGUGGUAUAUCUCAGGUGACGUUGUUACAGCUGUGGUAUAUUGCAGGUGACGUUACAGCUGUGGUAUAUUUCAGGUGACGUUACAGCUGUGGUAUAUCUCAGGGGACGUUGUUACAGCUGUGGUAUAUCUCAGGUGACGUUGUUACAGCUGUGGUAUAUUGCAGGUGACAUUGUUACAGCUGUGGUAUAUUGCAGGUGACGUUGUUACAGCUGUGGUAUAUUGCAGGUGACGUUGUUACAGCUGUGGUAUAUCUCAGGUGACGUUACAGCUGUGGUAUAUUGCAGGUGACGUUGUUACAGCUGUGGUAUAUCUCAGGUGACGUUACAGCUGUGGUAUAUUGCAGGUGACGUUGUUACAGCUGUGGUAUAUCUCAGGUGACGUUACAGCUGUGGUAUAUUGCAGGUGACGUUACAGCUGUGGUAUAUUUCAGGUGACGUUACAGCUGUGGUAUAUUGCAGGUGACGUUGUUACAGCUGUGGUAUAUUGCAGGUGACGUUGUUACAGCUGUGGUAUAUUUCAGGUGACGUUGUUACAGCUGUGGUAUAUUUCAGGUGACGUUGUUACAGCUGUGGUAUAUUUCAGGUGACGUUGUUACAGCUGUGGUAUAUUGCAGGUGACGUUGUUACAGCUGUGGUAUAUUGCAGGUGACGUUACAGCUGUGGUAUAUUUCAGGUGACGUUACAGCUGUGGUAUAUUUCAGGUGACGUUGUUACAGCUGUGGUAUAUUGCAGGUGACGUUGUUACAGCUGUGGUAUAUCUCAGGUGACGUUACAGCUGUGGUAUAUUGCAGGUGACGUUGUUACAGCUGUGGUAUAUCUCAGGUGACGUUACAGCUGUGGUAUAUUGCAGGUGACGUUACAGCUGUGGUAUAUUGCAGGUGACGUUACAGCUGUGGUAUAUUUCAGGUGACGUUACAGCUGUGGUAUAUUGCAGGUGACGUUGUUACAGCUGUGGUAUAUCUCAGGUGACGUUACAGCUGUGGUAUAUUGCAGGUGACGUUGUUACAGCUGUGGUAUAUUGCAGGUGACGUUGUUACAGCUGUGGUAUAUUUCAGGUGACGUUGUUACAGCUGUGGUAUAUUUCAGGUGACGUUGUUACAGCUGUGGUAUAUUUCAGGUGACGUUGUUACAGCUGUGGUAUAUUUCAGGUGACGUUGUUACAGCUGUGGUAUAUUUCAGGUGACGUUGUUACAGCUGUGGUAUAUUGCAGGUGACGUUGUUACAGCUGUGGUAUAUUGCAGGUGACGUUACAGCUGUGGUAUAUUUCAGGUGACGUUACAGCUGUGGUAUAUUUCAGGUGACGUUACAGCUGUGGUAUAUCUCAGGUGACGUUGUUACAGCUGUGGUAUAUUGCAGGUGACGUUGUUACAGCUGUGGUAUAUCUCAGGUGACGUUACAGCUGUGGUAUAUUUCAGGUGACGUUGUUACAGCUGUGGUAUAUUGCAGGUGACGUUACAGCUGUGGUAUAUUGCAGGUGACGUUGUUACAGCUGUGGUAUAUUUCAGGUGACGUUGUUACAGCUGUGGUAUAUCUCAGGUGACGUUGUUACAGCUGUGGUAUAUUUCAGGUGACGUUGUUACAGCUGUGGUAUAUUUCAGGUGACGUUGUUACAGCUGUGGUAUAUUGCAGGUGACGUUACAGCUGUGGUAUAUUGCAGGUGACGUUGUUACAGCUGUGGUAUAUUUCAGGUGACGUUACAGCUGUGGUAUAUUGCAGGUGACUGUUACCUUGGUAUAUCUCAGGGUGACGUUGUUAACAGCUGUGGUAUAUCUCAGGUGACGUUGUUACAGCUGUGGUAUAUCGCAGGUGACAUUGUUACAGCUGGUUCGGCAGGGGACGUUGUUAAGUGGUAUUGCAGGUGACGUUACAGCUGUGGUAUAUCUCAGGGGACGUUGUUACAGCUGUGGUAUAUCUCAGGUGACGUUGUUACAGCUGUGGUAUAUUUCAGGUGACGUUGUUACAGCUGUGGUAUAUUUCAGGUGACGUUACAGCUGUGGUAUAUUUCAGGUGACGUUGUUACAGCUGUGGUAUAUUGCAGGUGACGUUACAGCUGUGGUAUAUUUCAGGUGACGUUGUUACAGCUGUGGUAUAUUGCAGGUGACGUUGUUACAGCUGUGGUAUAUUUCAGGUGACGUUGUUACAGCUGUGGUAUAUUUCAGGUGACGUUGUUACAGCUGUGGUAUAUUGCAGGUGACGUUGUUACAGCUGUGGUAUAUCUCAGGUGACGUUGUUACAGCUGUGGUAUAUCUCAGGUGACGUUGUUACAGCUGUGGUAUAUCUCAGGUGACGUUGUUACAGCUGUGGUAUAUCUCAGGUGACGUUGUUACAGCUGUGGUAUAUUUCAGGUGACGUUACAGCUGUGGUAUAUUGCAGGUGACGUUACAGCUGUGGUAUAUCUCAGGUGACGUUGUUACAGCUGUGGUAUAUCUCAGGUGACGUUGUUACAGCUGUGGUAUAUUUCAGGUGACGUUACAGCUGUGGUAUAUUGCAGGUGACGUUGUUACAGCUGUGGUAUAUCUCAGGUGACGUUGUUACAGCUGUGGUAUAUCUCAGGUGACGUUACAGCUGUGGGUAUAUCUCAGGUGACGUUGUUUACAGCUGUGGUAUAUUUCAGGUGACGUUACAGCUGUGGUAUAUUGCAGGUGACGUUACAGCUGUGGUAUAUCUCAGGUGACGUUGUUACAGCUGUGGUAUAUCUCAGGUGACGUUGUUACAGCUGUGGUAUAUCUCAGGUGACGUUGUUACAGCUGUGGUAUAUCUCAGGUGACGUUGUUACAGCUGUGGUAUAUCUCAGGUGACGUUACAGCUGUGGUAUAUCUCAGGUUACGUUACAGCUGUGGUAUAUUGCAGGUGACGUUGUUACAGCUGUGGUAUAUUUCAGGUGACGUUGUUACAGCUGUGGUAUAUCUCAGGUGACGUUGUUACAGCUGUGGUAUAUCUCAGGUGACGUUGUUACGCUGUGGUAUAUUGCAGGUGACGUACAGCUGUGGUAUAUUGCAGGUGACGUUGUUACAAGCUGUGGUAUAUUUCAGGUGACGUUACAGCUGUGGUAUAUCUCAGGUGACGUUGUUACAGCUGUGGUAUAUCUACAGGUGACGUUGUUACAGCUGUGGUAUAUUGCAGGUGACGUUACAGCUGUGGUUAUAUUGCAGGUGACGUUGUUACAGCUGUGGUAUAUUUCAGGUGACGUUGGUUACAGCUGUGGUAUAUUUCAGGGACGUUACAGCUGUGGUAUAUCUCAGGUGACGUUGUUCACAGCUGUGGUAUUCUCAGGUGACGUUGUUACAGCUGUGGUAUAUCUCAGGUGACGUUACAGCUGUGGUAUAUUGCAGGUGACGUUGUUACAGCUGUGGUAUAUUUCAGGUGACGUUACAGCUGUGGUAUAUCUCAGGGGACGUUGUUACAGCUGUGGUAUAUCUCAGGUGACGUUGUUACAGCUGUGGUAUAUUUCAGGUGACGUUGUUACAGCUGUGGUAUAUCUCAGGUGACGUUGUUACAGCUGUGGUAUAUCUCAGGUGACGUUGUUACAGCUGUGGUAUAUCUCAGGUGACGUUGUUACAGCUGUGGUAUAUUGCAGGUGACGUUACAGCUGUGGUAUAUCUCAGGUGACGUUGUUACAGCUGUGGUAUAUCUCAGGUGACGUUGUUACAGCUGUGGUAUAUUUCAGGUGACGUUACAGCUGUGGUAUAUCUCAGGUGACAUUACAGCUGUGGUAUAUUGCAGGUGACGUUACAGCUGUGGUAUAUCUCAGGUGACGUUGUUACAGCUGUGGUAUAUCUCAGGUGACGUUGUUACAGCUGUGGUAUAUUGCAGGUGACGUUGUUACAGCUGUGGUAUAUCUCAGGUGACGUUGUUACAGCUGUGGUAUAUUGCAGGUGACUUUACAGCUGUGGUAUAUCUCAGGUGACGUUGUUACAGCUGUGGUAUAUCUCAGGUGACGUUGUUACAGCUGUGGUAUAUUUCAGGUGACGUUACAGCUGUGGUAUAUCUCAGGUGACAUUACAGCUGUGGUAUAUUGCAGGUGACGUUACAGCUGUGGUAUAUUGCAGGUGACGUUGUUACAGCUGUGGUAUAUUUCAGGUGACGUUACAGCUGUGGUAUAUCUCAGGGGACGUUGUUACAGCUGUGGUAUAUCUCAGGUGACGUUGUUACAGCUGUGGUAUAUUUCAGGUGACGUUGUUACAGCUGUGGUAUAUCUCAGGUGACGUUGUUACAGCUGUGGUAUAUCUCAGGUGACGUUGUUACAGCUGUGGUAUAUCUCAGGUGACGUUGUUACAGCUGUGGUAUAUUGCAGGUGACUUUACAGCUGUGGUAUAUCUCAGGUGACGUUGUUACAGCUGUGGUAUAUCUCAGGUGACGUUGUUACAGCUGUGGUAUAUUUCAGGUGACGUUACAGCUGUGGUAUAUCUCAGGUGACAUUACAGCUGUGGUAUAUUGCAGGUGACGUUACAGCUGUGGUAUAUUGCAGGUGACGUUGUUACAGCUGUGGUAUAUCUCAGGUGACGUUACAGCUGUGGUAUAUUUCAGGGGACGUUGUUACAGCUGUGGUAUAUCUCAGGUGACGUUACAGCUGUGGUAUAUUGCAGGUGAGAAUCCAAGAGACCACAGAGUAUGAGGACCUUCACAGGGAAAACAGGAAGAAGACAGUCACUCUGAACCUCAAGAAGUCUGACAGGUGGGUUCCAUAACACAGUUGGUGCUCUGCUCUCUCUGACCUUUGUUUAUGGACACCAUACUUCUGGAAUUGGCGUGCUCUCCGUUUGUUUUUGUUUAUGUAUCUGAAUCCUCAACCUUUUUCUCCAGGUACUCUCACGGUCCUGUGCCUCUCCUGCCCCAACAGUACACCACCAGUCAAGACAUCAUCAACUCUGUCAACUGUAUACAGCAUGAAAUAGCCAGCUACAAGCCCUGCCUUACUCAGGUUAGAUACCACUCUGCUAGCCAGCUACAAGCCCUGCCUUACUCAGGUUAGAUGCCACUCUGCUAGCCAGCUACAAGCCCUACCUUACUCAGGUUAGAUACCACUCUGCUAGCCAGCUACAAGCCCUGCCUUACUCAGGUUAGAUACCACUCUGCUAGCCAGCUACAAGCCCUGCCUUACUCAGGUUAGAUACCACUCUGCUAGCCAGCUACAAGCCCUGCCUUACUCAGGUUAGAUACCACUCUGCUAGCCAGCUACAAGCCCUGCCUUACUCAGGUUAGAUACCACUCUGCUAGCCAGCUACAAGCCCUACCUUACUCCGGUUAGCUAGCACUAUGCUUCUCCACGAAUAGGAUUGCAAAAUUCCGGUAACUUUCCCCAAAUUCCCAGGUGUUCCAGAAAUCCUGCUUGGAAGAUUCCCGGAAUCGGGAGGGAACAAGCAGGACAUCUAGAAUCCUCCAAACAGGAUUUCUGGAAAACCUGGGGGUUUUGGGGAACAAUUCCAUAAUUUUGCAACUAUAUCCACAAAUAUCUGUUUCUUCGGCGUUGAAAUUCAUACUGUACCCAAACUGUACUUCUUGUGUUGAAGGUCCUGUCCAGGCGUAAUAUAUCAGUUUUUCUGUCCAAUUCUGUAAUAUUUGUUCUAAAGGUCUUGUUAACCCAUAAAAAUCUGUCAGUUUAAGCUAGAGAUAUCAGGUUUUAUUGCAUUGGAUGCCUCUGUCUACCACUAUGUCGCAUUUCUGGAUAUGUGGUGAAAGUUGACUGCUAGAGCUGUGUUUGUCAGGCCGUGAGACGUCCAGAAGAUCAGUAUUCUCACAAAAUCGUCUGUAGCAUCCGAACAGUUUGGCCUACGAACGAUUAUGAAAAGCUGAGACUCUCAGGAAACACCAAUGGUGGUCUCCGUUUUGCUUUAAGACCUCCACAAGCAUCUUGGGACUCGUCUGAAGCCAAUCUGCCAACUUCUGUCUGUAGCGUCCGAACGGUUUGGGCAACACAGUAAUUCUCACGAAUAUGCACGUCGGUUGUUUUGCUCUAGGACGCCCACCGGCCUCACAAGAUUAGUCUGAAGGUCCCCCGGUACCAGUUGAAAGAAAUGAAUGGAAAUACAGUGCAUUCGGAAAGUAUUCAGACCUUGACUUUUUGUUACGUUUACAGCCUUAUUCAAAAAUGUAUUAAAUCGUUUUUUUCCCACAAAAAUCUACACACAAUACCCCAUAAUGACAAAGCAAAAACAUUUUUUUAGAUUUUGUUGCAGAUUUAUUAAAAAUAACAAAAUAAAAUAUUACAUUUACAUAAGUAUUCAGAACCUUUACUCAGUACUUUGUUGAAGCACCUUUGGCACCGAUUACAGCCUCUUCUUGGGCAUGACGCUACAAGCUUGGCACACCUGUAUUUGGGGAGUUUCUCCCAUUCUUCUCUGCAGAUCCUCUCAAGCUCUGUCAGGUUGGAUGGGGAGCGUCGCUGCACAGCUAUUUUCAGGUCUCCAGAGAUGUUAGAUCGGGUUCAAGUCUGGGCUCUGGCUGGACCACUCAAGGACAUUCAGAGACUUGUCCCAAAGCCACUCCUGCGUUGUCUUGGCUGUGUGCUUAGGGUCGUAGUUCUGUUGGAAGGUGAACCUUCGCCCCAGUCUGAGGUCCUGAGCGCUCUGGAGCAGGUUUUCAUCAAGGAUCUCUCUGUACUUUGCUCCGUUCAUCUUUGCCUUGAUCCUGACUAGUCUCCCAGUCCCUGCCUCUGAAAAACAUCCUCACAGCAUGAUGCUGCCACCACCAUGCUUCACCGUAGGGAUGGUGCCAGGUUUCCUCCAGACGUGACGCUUGGCAAUCAGGCCAAAGAGUUCAAUCCUUGUUUCAUCAGACCAGAGAAUGUUUGACCAUGGUCUGAGAGUCCUUCAGAUGCCUUUUGGCAAACUCCAAGCGGGCUGUCAUGUGCCUUUUACUGAGGAGUGGCUUCCGUCUGGAUACCCUACCAUAAAGGCCUGAUUGGUGGCGUGCUGCAGAGAUGGUUGUCCUUCUGGAAGGUUCUCCCAACUCCACAGAGGAACUCUGGAGCCCAUUCACCUCCCUGACCUAGGCCCUUCUCCCUCGAUUGCUCAGUUUGGCCGGGCGGCCAGCUCUAGGAAGAGUGUUGGUGGUUCCAAACUUCUUCCAUUUAAGAAUGAUGGAGGCCACUAUGUUCUUGGGGACCUUCAAUGCUGCAGAAAUGUUUUGGUACCCUUCCACAGAUCUGUGCCGCGACACAAUCCUGUCUCGGAGCUCUACGAACAAUUCCUUCGACCUUGGUUUUUGCUCUGACAUGCACUGUCAACUGUGGGACCUUAUAUAGACAGGUGUGUGCCUUUCCAAAUCAUGUCCAAUCAAUUGAAUUUACCACAGGUGGACUUCAAUCAAGUGGUAGAAACAUCUCAAGGAUGAUCAAUGGAAACAGGAUGCACCUGAGCUCAAUUUCGAGUCUCAUAGCAAAGGGGCUGAAUACUUAUGUAAAUAAGGUAUUUCAGUUUUGUAUUUUUAAUACAUUUGCAAAACAUUCUAAAAACCAGCUUUCGCUUUGUCAUUAUGGGGUAUUGUGUGUAGACUGAUGAGGAGUUUUAUUUCUUUAAUCAAUUUUAGAAUAAGGCUGUAACAUAACAAAAUAUGGAAAAAGUAAAGGGGUCUGAAUACUUUCAGAAUGCACUGUAUAUAUGGAGAUAGUGCCAAAAAUAAGGGGUUAAAUACAUGUAACCAAUUAUUAUUAUUAUUAUUUAAUUUUUUUACAAAUGUUUCCUGAUAUUUCUUAUAUCUCUCAGAUAUUGGACAGACACUUCAGAACAAACUUCCUUUAGAUUGUAUGGGGGGGGGGGGACUAUCUGUUGUUCCAUGAAGUGAAUCUGUUAUUCAAUGCGUUUGUAUGGGCUAAUAGCAGUAAGGCCCCAAAGAUUUUCAUCAUCAUUUUGUGGGGGAUACUUCAAGGGGUCUUAAAAUUCAAUCAAAUAGCUAAAUGAUCCUUGGUAUGACCUUCUUAACAGUGAUCUUCCCUUUACAGGUGAUGUCCAGCAGUACAGCCAGUUGUGCCAUCGCUGCCCUCUCCCCAGGGGGUAUUCUCAUGCAGGCAGGAGCACAGCAAGCCAUUAACCGUGAGUUUACUGAUGCCAUUAGGUCAAGAUUAUUUAUCUUAUGAAUACAUUUGAAAUCUCGCUUCAUUUGUGCUUCAUCUGAUAGCUUGGUUGAAAAAUGUGUUAGGUUUUCUCAGUGCACUUAAGUCGUCAACCCAGAUGGUUUCUAACUUGUAUGCUUGAAUGCUGAUUGGACGAGCUUCGCUUUGAGCCGAACAACGCCAUUUACCUGUGACUACAGUGCAUUCGAAAAGUAUUCAGACAACCUUCACUUUUUCCACAUUUUGUUACGUUACAGCCUUAUUCUAAAAUUGAUUAAAUUGUUUUUUUUCCUCAUCAAUCUACACACAAUACCCCUUAAUGACAAAGCAAAAACGGAAAUAUUACAUUUACAUAAGUAUUCAGACCCUUUACUCAGUACUUUGUUGAAGCAAACAUCUCAAAGAUGAUCAAUGGAAACAGGAUGCACCUGAGCUCAAUUUCGAGUCUCAUAGCAAAGGGUCUGAAUACUUAUGUAAAUAAGGCAUUUCUGUUUAUAAUUUUGUAUUAAUUUGCAAAAAUGUCUAAACCUGUUUUCGCUUUGUCAUUAUGGGGUAUUGUGUGACGAGGAAUUGAUGAGGAUAUAUUUUUUUUAAUCCAUUUUAGAAUAAGGCUGUAACGUAACAAAAUAUGGGUUCUGAAUACAUUCCGAAUGCACUGCCUCUUACCUGUGACUGUAGUCAUGCUAUAGUAUAGCACUGCCUCUUACCUGUGACUGUAGUCUGCUAUAGUAUAGCACUGGGCCUUACCUGUGACUGUAGUCAUGCUAUAGUAUAGCACUGGGCCUUACCUGUGACUGUAGUCUGCUAUAGUAUAGCACUGGGCCUUACCUGUGACUGUAGUCAUGCUAUAGUAUAGCACUGGGCCUUACCUGUGACUGUAGUCAUGCUAUAGUAUAGCACUGGGCCUUACCUGUGACUGUAGUCUGCUACAGUAUAGCGCUGGGCCUUACCUGUGACUGUAGUCAUGCUAUAGUAUAGCACUGGGCCUUACCUGUGACUGUAGUCUGCUAUAGUAUAGCACUGGGCCUUACCUGUGACUGUAGUCAUGCUAUAGUAUAGCACUGGGCCUUACCUGUGACUGUAGUCAUGCUAUAGUAUAGCGCUGGGCCUUACCUGUGACUGUAGUCUGCUACAGUAUAGCACUGGGCCUUACCUGUGACUGUAGUCUGCUAUAGUAUAGCACUGGGCCUUACCUGUGACUGUAGUCAUGCUAUAGUAUAGCACUGGGCCUUACCUGUGACUGUAGUCAUGCUGUAGUAUAGCACUGGGCCUUACCUGUGACUGUAGUCAUGCUAUAGUAUAGCGCUGGGCCUUACCUGUGACUGUAGUCAUGCUAUAGUAUAGCACUGGGCCUUACCUGUGACUGUAGUCUGCUAUAGUAUAGCACUGGGCCUUACCUGUGACUGUAGUCUGCUACAGUAUAGCACUGGGCCUUACCUGUGACUGUAGUCAUGCUAUAGUAUAGCACUGGGCCUUACCUGUGACUGUAGUCAUGCUAUAGUAUAGCACUGCCUCUUACCUGUGACUGUAGUCUGCUAUAGUAUAGCACUGGGCCUUACCUGUGACUGUAUUCUGCUAUAGUAUAGCACUGGGCCUUACCUGUGACUGUAGUCAUGCUAUAGUAUAGCACUGGGCCUUACCUGUGACUGUAGUCUGCUAUAGUAUAGCACUGGGUCUUACCUGUGACUGUAGUCAUGCUAUAGUAUAGCGCUGGGCCUUACCUGUGACUGUAGUCAUGCUAUAGUAUAGCACUGGGCCUUACCUGUGACUGUAGUCAUGCUAUAGUAUAGCGCUGGGCCUUACCUGUGACUGUCAGUCAUGCUAUAGUAUAGCCCUGCUGGGGCCUUAACCUGUGACUGUAGUCUGCUAUAGUAUAGCACUGGGCCGUUACCUGGGACUGUAGUCUGCUACAGUAUAGCACUGGGCCUUUAUCUGUGACUGUAUAGUCAUGCUAUAGUAUCGCCACUGGGCCUUACCUGUGGACUGUAGUCAUGCUAUAGUAUAGCACUGCCUCUUACCUGUGACUGUAGUCUGCUAUAGUAUAGCACUGGGCCUUACCUGUGACUGUAGUCUGCUAUAGUAUAGCACUGGGCCUUACCUGUGACUGUAGUCUGCUAUAGUAUAGCACUGGGCCUUACCUGUGACUGUAGUCAUGCUAUAGUAUAGCACUGGGCCUUACUGUGGACUAUAGUCAUGCUAUAAUCUAUUGCGACUGGGCCUUACCUGUGACUCUAGUCAUGCUAUAGGUUAUAGCGCUGGGCCUUACCUGUGGACUUUAGGUCCUGCUAUAGUUAUACACGGGGCCUUACACUGUGACUGUAGUCAUGCUAUAGUAUAGCACUGGGCCUUACCUGUGGACUGUAGUCAUGCUAUAGUAUAGCGCUGGGCCUUACCUGUGACUGUAGUCAUGCUAUAGUAUAGCACUGGGCCUUACCUGUGACUGUAGUCAUGCUAUAGUAUAGCACUGGGCCUUACCUGUGACUGUAGUCAUGCUAUAGUAUAGCGCUGGGCCUUACCUGUGACUGUAGUCAUGCUAUAGUAUAGCACUGGGCCUUACCUGUGACUGUAGUCAUGCUAUAGUAUAGCACUGGGCCUUACCUGUGACUGUAGUCAUGCUAUAGUAUAGCGCUGGGCCUUACCUGUGACUGUAGUCUGCUAUAGUAUACCACUGGGCCUUACCUGUGACUGUAGUCUACUAUAGUAUAGCACUGGGCCUUACCUGUGACUGUAGUCAUGCUAAAGUAUAGCACUGGGCCUUACCUGUGACUGUAGUCUGCUAUAGUAUAGCACUGGGCCUUACCUGUGACUGUAGUCUGCUAUAGUAUAGCACUGGGCCUUACCUGUUACUGUAGUCUGCUAUAGUAUAGCACUGGGCCUUACCUGUGACUGUAGUCAUGCUAUAGUAUAGCGCUGGGCCUUACCUGUGACUGUAGUCAUGCUAUAGUAUAGCACUGGGCCUUACCUGUGACUGUAGUCAUGCUAUAGUAUAGCACUGGGCCUUACCUGUGACUGUAGUCAUGCUAUAGUAUAGCACUGGGCCUUACCUGUGACUGUAGUCAUGCUAUAGUAUAGCGCUGGGCCUUACCUGUGACUGUAGUCAUGCUAUAGUAUAGAACUGGGCCUUACCUGUGACUGUAGUCAUGCUAUAGUAUAGCAGCGCUGCCUCUUACCUGUGACUGUAGUCAUGCUAUAGUAUAGCGCUGGGCCUUACCUGUGACUGUAGUCAUGCUAUAGUAUAGCGCUGGGCCUUACCUGUGACUGUAGUCAUGCUAUAGUAUAGCACUGGGCCUUACCUGUGACUGUAGUCAUGCUAUAGUAUAGCGCUGGGCCUUACCUGUGACUGUAGUCAUGCUAUAGUAUAGCACUGGGCCUUACCUGUGACUGUAGUCAUGCUAUAGUAUAGCAGCGCUGCCUCUUACCUGUGACUGUAGUCAUGCUAUAGUAUAGCGCUGGGCCUUACCUGUGACUGUAGUCAUGCUAUAGUAUAGCGCUGGGCCUUACCUGUGACUGUAGUCAUGCUAUAGUAUAGCGCUGGGCCUUACCUGUGACUGUAGUCUGCUACAGUAUAGCGCUGGGGCUUACCUGUGACUGUAGUCUACCUAUGACUGUAGUCUACCUGUGACUGUAGUCUGCUAUACCUGUGACUGUAGUCUACCUGUGACUGUAGUCAUGCUAUAGUAUAGCAGCGCUGCCUCUUGUUACUUAUUGCUUAGUUCUAUUGGUUCUGUUUCCUUGUCACAGAGAUGGUGCCCAACGACGUUCAGGGGGAGCUGAAGCAUCUGUACACGGCUGCUGGGGAGCUGCUGAGACACUUCUGGUCCUGUUUUCCUGUCAACACACCCUUCCUGGAAGAGAAGGUGACUACUGCUUAAAGGGGCAAUCUGCAGCUCAAACAAUAACAAAGCGGGUCACCGCCACCGUUUUGGUAAACAGCUGAGGUCCCCAAUGGUCGAGUCACGAGUCCCUAUGGCUGAAAUCUCCCAUUGCUCGGUUCCUGGUCCAAGUGCUCAAGUCUAAGUCCCAGGUUCCACAAGAACACAAAAUGAGUUAUUAACCCAGUCAGAUAUAGUGAGGGGGAAAAAGUAUUUGAUCCCCUGCUGAUUUUGUACGUUUGCCCACUGACAAAGACAUGAUCAGUCUAUAAUUUUAAUGGUAGGUUUAUUUGAACAGUGAGAGACAGAAUAACAACAAAAUAAUCCAGAAAAACGCAUGUUAAAAAUGUUAUAAAUUGAUUUGCAUUUUAAUGAGGGAUAUAAGUAUUGUUGUAUUGUAUUGUAUAUAUGGAUUGUAGUAUUGUAUUGUAGUAUUGUAUUGUAUAUAUGUAUUGUUGUAUUGUAUUGUAGUAUUGUAUUGUAAGUACUGUAGUGCUUUCUUUCCCCAGAAACUGACAGGGUCACAAUCACUAACCGGCUCCUUCAAAGCCCCAUUUUCUGGCAGCUCCAUCAACUCCAUUUCAGUGAUGCAACAUCUACCCAUCUGAAGAUCUGUUUUAGCCUCUUCUGACAACUUUGUCACAUUUGUGACCAAGAAGGUGGUUCUGGAUGAGCAGCAGCAGUUCUCUUCCAACAGUGAAGUCAUCAAAGCGAGCCUUGGAAGUUCUCCAUCCGCUUCUGGAUGAAAUCUACAUUGUUGGGAACAUCUUUGUCUCCCUGCGUUUGCACCGGAAGAUUGGGGGAAGUGGACAAGUUAUUAGUUAAAGCUCCAAUUUAUUCUGGAAAUCCCCGGACUGCCGUUAUCAUAUCUCACACUGUGUUGUCCCGUCCCUGCAGCUUAACAUUCAGUUGAUUAAGGUGUGAUGUCAUGUCUGUCAAAAAGGCAACUGUUUCCAUCUUCUCCUCAUCUUCCAUAAAACUCAGAAAACUUGAGUUGCCUUGUCACUUUUUUGCUCUGAUAAGAAAGCUUUGAUUUCCUCCUGAAUGGGCCAAAAGCGUUCCAAAACCCUGCCUUUGCUGAGCCAUCUGACAUUGUUGUGCAGUAGUGAGUCAGAAUGCCUCGUAGCAGGCGGCGUUGUAGGGAUGAUGUUGCUGUCAAAAAGUUGAUCCGUUUCAAAAUCGACGUCAUGACCUCAGAAUCCCAGACUGGCACACAGGACAGAUGAUUGGAUGAUGCAGUGAUAUGAUGUCAGGUCAGGGUGGUCCUCUUUCAAACGUGCAACCAGGCCCCUCCCUCUUCCUGUCACGGCUGGAGCUCCAUCUGUGGUGAUGGAGACCUCUGACUUCAGAUCUAUCCCCAUUUUCUGGAGCUCCAUCUGUGGUGAUGGAGACCUCUGACUUCAGAUCUAUCCCCAUUUUCUGGAGCUCCAUCUGUGGUGAUGGAGACCACUGACUUCAGAUCUAUCCCCAUUUUUGUCAGCAUUCCUUUGAUGGCCUCAUGGAUAUCCUCUCCCCGUGUGUGUGCUUCUAGAUGUGUUAAGCCCAACAGCUCCUCACAGAAUACCUUCUUUGUUUCGUUAUAAAAUCUGACAUACACCAGAAGCUGGGCAUUAUCUGUUAAUUCAUCCUAAUGAAAUGCAUGGUGCAUUCUGAAUGGCCUCAUCAAGUUGUGAAGUUAAAUCUUCAGCUAAUAUUUCAGUUCUCCUCAUUGCUGUGGGAUCUUGACAGUGGGAUCUGUUUGAUCUUUUUCCCUGAGCUCAUCCUUUUGUUUACCUUCAAGGAAGGUGUCAGCAACUUCACACAUGCAUCCUUUUACCAUCUCCGCGUCUGAAAACGUUUUUUUUGUGUGUUUUUUUUUGUGUUUUCCCAAAACACAAGCUAUCCUCAGUGAACACGUUGUUGGGCUGUCAGGGAAUUGACAAGGUCUUUGGUGGACGUCUCAUAUUGGGAUUUGAGUUGGUUAAUCCAGUUUGUUCUCACCUCCGUGUUCAGGGGAUACGUCUGAUCCAAUUUACUAUUCCUUGUGUCAUAGUGGUUUUCACGAGAGCUACGGACUCACUGCAUAUCAGGCACAUUUUGUUUUGUGCCAGUUAAGGGGAGAAUUAAUAAAUACUGUUCCGUCCACUCUUCUUUGAAUACACGGUUUUCAGUCAACUUCUCUUUUUUUUUUUUAACAAGCCAUAUUAACAAAGAUACUGGUAACUAAGCUCCUAUGUGUGAUGUUAACAGUUGAACCGCGGUCAGAUCUUCCUGUUUCUUUCUGCCUGCUUGUCCCAAGGUUCUGCAGAGGAUAUUUGGAUUGAUGUGAUUGGGUAAGACGCGGCCUCUUGUAUUUGCAUAUAACCACGCGAUUGGAUUAGACGGGGCACUAGUAGAGGUGGGCGUUGCUUCGAGAGAGAGCGAAAGUGAGGUGCUGAGUUAAAGAGGCCGCUGCGCCCGGUCGUUUAAAAUAAAACGAAAAAAAAAAUCUGUUUACAAAUAUUCGACUUUUAUAUAACAAAAUGCAGUGUUGUCCGGUCCGGAUUGACCCUUCUCUGGGUCCGGACCGCGGUCCGCCAGUUGAGUAUGGCUGGUCUACAACAUCGCAGAUGUCAUCAGAGGAUUGAUUACCUAGCAAGCCAGCGAAGCAAGACAAGUAUCACGAAUAGAGCCAGAUAAAGCCAGAAGAAUAUUACGCUUGUUGAACAUAGCUAUAGCCAACGGUCUGGCGUGUUUUCAUGGUCAUCACUCACUGUUAAGUUUGUCAAGGUCCCGACAUCAGUGUUAGCUAUCCUGCUACAGAGUUUAUUGAGGUCUCUAUAGGAAAAGUAACCCCCUGGGUUUGAUAAAGUUUGAUAACUUUUAACAUGUCUUCUCUCCUGUCAGGUGGUGAAGAUGAGGGCCAACCUGGAGAGAUUCCAGAUGACCAAGCUCCGCCCCUUCAAGGAGAAGAUCCAGCGCCAGUAUUUGAGUACUAACGUAAGACCCGACCUUGAGACUCAUUCCUUUUCUAAUUCGGGUAGCUGAUAGUGUUAAUAGGAUUAUACCUUCUAGAAUAAAUUGUCUUCAAUUGCUAUAGGGAGGUCCUGUCAGUGGCUCAGUUGGUAGAGCACGGCGCCAGCAACCUCAGGGUCGUGGGUUCGAUUCCCACCGGUGCCACCAAUACGGGAAUGUAUACAUGCAUGACUAAGUCUAAUGGAUACUUCGGGAUUUUGAAUUUGCGGAUACCGUUGUUAUGUCUCUGUGUCCAGUAUGAAGGAAGCUGAAGGUUCUUUCAUGAGACAAUGCUAACUAGUGUUCUGCAAUGCUAGUAGAUACCCAUAGACUUCCAGUCAUUGCGCUACGCUAGAUCCAUUUUCAUGAACGGGGGGUGGUGUACCGAAUAAACUGUCCAUGUUACUAUGGACUAUCUACCUUUUCAAAGUGCCCCUUGCAUACUCGGUCUCCUGAGUGUUUAACCUGUAACCCCUGGAGAGCCCCAGUCAAUUAUUUAUUAUUCCUUUCAGAAUAAGAUGUAUUUUGUUUUGGAUCUCUCUCACAGCUUACUGGUUAUCUAGGGAAGCUCUUUCAAAAAGCAUUAUAAAACACAUUUAUAACGACUUAUGAGACAUGGCAUAAUGCAUCACAACUCAACAUAGGCGCUAAUAAACAUCUAUACCUACAUUUUUAUAAAGUCAAAUAAUGAAACUCUGUUUUGAAUCUCUCCCACAGCUUACGGGACACCUGGAGGACAUGUUUCAGAUGGCCUACAAUAAAUUCCACGCCUGGCAAACACGUCGGAUGAUGAGGAAAACCUGA